CUCUGGUGUUUAUUCGCUCGCCGCCACCGGAGGAAUCCCAGCCGCUCCUCGCGCUUUACUGUUUUAGGAUUACAACUUAUAUUAUUUUUUACAAUGAACUCCAUCAGCCGGAACAAAGUGAAUCCGAUUGUUUCAUUCAUCGCCAUGCUGAGUCUUCUCUCCCUGGUGAUGUCUCCAGCAGGAGCUCUAGAUCUACAGUGCAACGGCACACGUCAUCCUGAUGGUUUCAUCUACCAGCUGUCUCAGCCCAUACGACCAAACUGUAGUACGCAGUGGGUGGACGAAAACAAAACUGUCAUCGCCCGUAAUUUCAAAUACGAUAAGGCCCUGGUCCAUUCCCUGAACAACCGGUCCAUCACCCUGAAUGAGUGCCGUGAAUACCUGCUCUUCACAGAGGACUGUCUUUGGCGCAAUGUUAGGGUCGAAGAGACUUGCAGAGCCAACUGCAGUCAGCUCCUGGAUCAGGACCCUCCACCCCCCACUGUGAACUCUACAAAGCCCCCAGUGAACUCCACUAAGAUCUGCUUCUCUGAGAAUCACUGUAUGGACCAGACGACAUUUGGACUUGUUAUCACUGGUGUCCUUCUAUUUUUCAGUUUCUGUGUGGGCCUGUAUUGCUGUGUUUCCAAAUGCAGAGGAACACGAUCUGCAAAGUCAAUGGCUUCAUACACUGCUCCUACUGAGCAGAUAAAGAUAGAACUAGUAGUUUAAAGAAGCAUGGAGACAAGAAGGUCCAACAUAUAAGACCAAAGCCAAUCUAAAAAUGGCUGCUGUUGUAUAAUAAUAAUAAUAUAUAAUAAUAUCCUACCCACUGAAUAAACACCUUAAAGAUUAGUAAAAUAUAAUGAAAUAGCAAUAAACAACAUACGUGCCACAUAUACAACUAACUAUUAAAAGGAAAUAAUAUUUUUAUGGAUACAGUAAAUUAUUACAUUUUAUUAUUAUUAUUAUUAUUAUUAUUAUUAACAAAUACAAAUCUAAAAUGGGGUGCAGGAUGGAGCGGGGGUGUCCGGGUUCAGCCUUAGAGACUGGGUGAGGAGCUCAGAUAUCCAGAGUGAGCAGAGCCACUGCUCCUUGUCAAAAGGAGCCAGUUGAGGUGGUUCAGGCAUCUGGUUAGGAUGCUCCUAGACGCCUUCCUUUGGAGGUUUUCCAGAGGAGACCCCAGGGUAGACCCAGAACAUGUCUGAGGUACCCUGCUUAGCCUGCUGCCACCACUACCCAAACCUGGAUAAGUGGAAGAAUCUAAAACGCUGGUUUGAAGAUUAGUUUAAACUUGAUAACAGGUUGAUCAAGAGUCCAGUUGCCCGAAGAGAGACAGUCAAUCCAUUUUAUGCUCACUGAUUCACUGAUUUUUUAAACUCAUUUUAACAGGAUUCAAAGGGAAAGGAAAUCAUUUUCUAUAUAAUGGAGUUUUUAGAUCCAUUUUUUGUCCGUUUCUGAAAUAUUUUUAACACGUGGUCAACCUGGUCAGUGGAGACCAGGAUGGACCUUUCAGAGAGUCUCAAGUUCAUUUAGUGUUUUGAUAUCCACAGAAAACGCAAUUUAUGCGGAUAAUCAGAGCAGAAUUCACAUAAAACCAGUGUCGAAAAGCUGAAAAACCAGUAUGUAAGCCAAGCUAAUCAGCUGCGAGCUGUAGCUUCAUAUUUACUGUACAAACAUGAGAGUGGUAUCAGGCUGAACAUCUAACUCUCGACAAGAAAGAGAAUAAAAAGAGAAAAAGUUAUGAGUCCAUUAAACCACGUCAACUGUUUCAGUGUAUUAGAAACACAGAGCAGUGUGUCAUCUGCAUAACAGCUGAUGCCACAUCCGUUAUGAAGCACGGGGGCAGAAAAUAUGCAGCAGUAAAAUGGGUUCAGACAACUUGAACAGAUGAGUUAUAGGUUAUGGAUUAUGGGUAUUGAAAUAUGAAAUUGGUCGCCAAUGCAGAUUGUCUUUCAUUUUCUCCGCCUCGUUACUGUUUUAGUCAAUCACAUGUUUAUUUCUCUCUUCGGGGUUUCUCUAACUCAAUAACCGGGGACGGAAGUUUUCAUUGACAAAUAUAAGCUUUACAGAUUUCCCUGCGAGACUUCCCCUCUUGCACAAUCUAAGUAACAUUUGAGUCAUAUGAAAAACUGUCCGUGAGCGAGUGUAUGAAUGAUUUGCCGAGAGUAUAUCAUGAUGACUAAGCUAACAGACAGCUCAAAGGUUAGCAUGUCCCUGUGCACAUCAAACUUUUAUCAAACUGUACCGCCAGUCUUUGCUUCCAGUCCUGAAACUGGAACAACAUGGUGGCAGCUCUGAAACCAUCAGAUUUCUCCCAAACUUACCCAGCAGUAGCAGUUUCUGUAUAAAAAUGGUACUAGACAUAGACCAUGUUGUUGCAGAAUCGUACGUAUCGGUUAAACCGAACAAAACUUUACAAAAGCUCUUCUUGAGCUUUGGGGUUCACGGGCAACUAGCCGCAGUAUUGUUUCCUAACUGUUUGCUGACUUCUCUGGUUCCCCUUUGACCAGGCUCAGGAGAUUCACAGUGAAUGUUUUCCUCUGAAUCAAGCAACAGUAGGAUGCUGCAAUUUUGCGUUGUCUGGUUGUUAAAAAACAAACAAACAAAAAAAAAAACUACUGAUUGUAGAAUCUGGUUAAAGAUUCUAGCAUUUUUGCAGAUUCUUAAACAGAAUUGGUGCCCUGACACACCAAGCUGACUUCAAAAAACUAGUAAACAAAGGACAACACUACACUGUUUAACAAUUUGUAUCCACAUAGUGUUUUCUGAUCAUUUCAGCAACAUUACAGUGGAACAGAAAAACCUUCCCUUUUUCAAAUUCACAAUACUGUUCAUUUAAUUUAUUUAGCUCAUGAAAAAUCAGUUUACUUACUUGUUCCAAAUGUUUAAAGCUAAACCUAACUGAAUUCUAAAAAACAACAUCAGGCUCUGAUUCAAUACUCAAUCCAGAUUUGAUCCAGAUCAAACCACAAUCCUAGACCCAACAGUCCUCAGUAACCAGUGUUUGGCUUGGUGUAUCAGGGCUUUCAGCUCAAAUCCUAAAUCCCAAAAUCAUACCAGCUUGUGACUACGCUCUUGGUGAAAGUCCAGAGGUCACAAAUAAAAUGAUCAAAAAAUGAUCUAUGGGUGAUUGAUAAGGGAAUGGAUAUAAAGAGGCUGAUUUUUUAAAAUGCUCUCAACACUCUUUGUCAGUGUUCAGGGAACAUGCCAGUUUAUCUGAAUGUUACCAGUCACCACAUGAUGUGGUUUUUAGACUGUCACAUGAUAAACUGUGUUAUUGCUCUUCAGCUGUGGAAGUUGGGAGGUUUAUUUAUAUCUGAUGGUUUCCUUGUUGUACAGAGAGUUAUUUAUAGAGAUAUUUAUAUUUGUCUAUAUUUAAAAACUCUAACAAUGUACAAGCUUGAAGUUUGAGUUUACUCCAGCUCAAACAUUUUCUCUCAGGGCUUCUGGACUUGUUCGACCAGAAAUCAUCUUGAUGAUGUUUUUAUGUCAGCACGUCCUCUUUUUAUUUGCUCUGCUUUUGCUUGGGUUUAUUUUAUAUCAGGGGUUAAUUUCAUUUUUUUAAUCAAACAGUAAACAUAGUACUGGUAUGAAGGUUUUAUGUCAAAUAUGUUUUAUAUCAUGUGAAAUCAACUGCACAGUUUCUGUUACUUAAAGCUGCAUUAUCUGAUGGAAGGAUUAUAAUGAAGGAUUGCUGAUAAUUAAUCUUUUGAAAACUGACCCUAAAGUGAUAGUGACUGUGGUGUUGAAGCUGUAACCAGCAAAUCUCAGACCGUAGAAUCUGCUUCAAAACCAAAACAAGGAGCUAAAAGAAGCUUAAAAAGCUUUGUAAAGUUACAGAGAUGGAGAGAAGUGACUCCUUUUUAAUUACACUCUCAUUUAUCUGUUCUUAAUGUAGACAUUUUGAUUAAAGCAGCUUUAAAAACAGGGCUGGCUGAAUCUGUGUAAAUUAGUGAUUCUUUUAACCCCCACAUGGAAAUCACUGUGGUGCAGUUUAUUUGGGUGCGUGGUGUUUGGUGAUAUGCAAAGCAAGUGCUAAAAGAUUAUAUGGCUUGCUAUUUAUAUAUCUUGCUUUAUUUGUGCUCAGUAUUUGUAUUUUCUGUUUAAAAUAAAAUGAUCUGAGCUCA